AUGGAGACUCAGAGCCUAAGUGACUUGCCCAGCACCCGUGGCAGGCCUAGAAGAGCACUCAGCGGCUGCUGGAUAUUCUGUGUUGAGGGCCUCGCGCCUAAGCUGGACCCAGAGGAAACGAAACAGAAGCUGUGUGAAGAUGUGCGCUCCCCCCUACAGAACUUCCUCUUCUACGUGGCCUUGCGGGUCACUCCUUUUAUCUUAAAGAAAUUGGGCAGCAUGUGA